CUCUGGUUCCGCCCUCCAGCCGGAAGGCCUGAGGGCUUCCGGCGCACGGGAUGUCAACGGGGCCCCCCUGGCUUCGAACCUGGCUCCUUUUUAAACAUUUCUAAAGGGCAUGUUGUUCUGAAAAUGAGUUUGGUGCUUAGAAAUCUGCAACGAGCUGUCCCCAUCAGGAGAGCGCCUCUUCGCAAGAAGUUGGAGAUUGUGAGGAGUAUAUUAGGGGUGCAGAAAUUUGACCUGGCUGUCAUCUGUGUUGACAACAAGAGUAUUCAGCACAUUAAUAAAAUCUACAGAGAGAAAAAUCUGCCAACAGAUGUGCUUUCCUUUCCAUUUCAUGAGAAUGUAAAAGCAGGUGAACUUCCCCAGCCUGAUUUUCCAGAUGACUACAAUUUGGGUGACAUUUUCCUAGGAGUGGAGUAUAUCUUCCAGCAAUGCAAAAGGAAUGAGGAUUACUAUGACGUCCUUACCGUGACUGCCACCCAUGGGCUCUGUCACCUGCUGGGCUUCACACACAGCACGGAGGCUGAAUGGCAGAAGAUGUACCAGAAGGAAAAGCAGGUUCUCGAGGAGCUGAGCCGGCGCACCGGGACCAGUCUCCAGCCCCUAAGCAGGGGCCUCUUCUGACUGCUGGAGGCCCAAGAUGUGAGUGGCACCUGAGGGACUCUCCAGCACACAGGGACACCAUGUGGAGGGCAGACGGACCCUCACCUUCGGGCCCUGAGGACCAGGCACGCCACCAAACUGAGAGCUCUGCUGGUUGCUACUGCCCCGUGGGGCUGCAGAAGUGACUAAGUAUAAAAAGUAAUGUCCAUUCAUGUCUUCAUUUGGAAGCCAGCAGACAUGUUAUUUUCAGUAUUGCAGAUAAGAUAGUUCUAAACUCUUAGAAUGGAGAGGUGGAGCACAGGAACUUCGUCCGCCUGGGGUUCUGCCUUUGGCGAGAGGCAUUCCUCUCUCCUGCCUGUGCAGCCUGCGCGGGAAAAUCAACCAGGCGGCCCAGGGCGGGCAUGCCCCUCACCCUCCUUCCUACGGGAACCCUGUUGGAUUCGGUCCCCGCUUACCCCUCAAGAGUGCUGUGACCUGGUACCUUCAUGAGGGGAGACACAAGGCUGACCCUUAGGGUGGCCGCAAGGCCCAGGACCACCUCAGUCACGUGACCCACAGCAGCCAUCUCCCACCCGUCCCAUCUCGUGAGGCGGUUGCAGCCCCGGCUCAGAGCUUUGCCUGUGGACUCUACCUAAGGCCUCUUUCCUGACGUGACAGGAGCUCUCGAGCCCUGUUGGCCCCGUUCACCCGCUGAGCGAAGUUAAGUGUCUCCUGGCUCCGGGGGAGCCCUGAGCUCCAACUGCCACAUGCCAUCCUCUUUCCUGUGUUUCUUGCCUUGUCCUCUGAAUAUUAAACCCAGGAGGCGGCACAGACCUUCACCCAGAGCUGCUCAUGGGCCCAGGGCAUCAUGGGAGCAGACCAUGGGCUGCUGGCUGAGCCAGCCCGGGCCUCCAUCGCUCGGACCUCCCAGGUACCGGUGUUGGCAGCGGUACCGUGACCUCUGCAGAGGCCAUGGCAAUAAAACAGCCUCUCGGGAACUCUUUGGCCCCAAAACCAAGGAUGCUACAAUUCUGAGAAUUUGGUUUCUCCCAUGAAUCCAUCUCAAAAGGUGAAAAUGCAUUUCCCACUGGAUCUGCCAUGUCUCCACUUGGACUUUCCCCAGGCGCUCAGGGACACAGAGGUGGGCUCAUGGUGUUCCUGAGUGCUCGUGGGCUCUGCGCAGCCUGCCUGUAGCCAGGGAAGCUGGUUCUCAGUGGAAAGUCGAACAGCAAAGACCAAAGAUGACCCCACAAAGCUCUUGGCGUUACGGUUCUUUUUAAGAGAAGGAAGGGGUCCUGAGACCUGCCUGUCCUGUCAGCAGGCAUUUUGGAUGCUCCCCCGUCUUCCAUUACAGCCAACCCCCAUGCGUCUCUGGUCACGUGGGGCUCGGGAGAUCUGCCAGGGAUUGGGCCUCAGAACAGAACUGCUGGGGGCUGGGAGUGAGGGAUCCAGCUUUAUCAGGCAAUGCCUAGUGCUUCCCAGGGGCCUGGUCACUCGUCCCCCCUGCAGCCCAUAGCGAUGACCUUGGCGUCCAGACCCCAGCCCCCAUGCACCCAGACUCCCCACCCCCAUCAUGUGUGCACUGAGGCUGGCCUGCAUCUGUCCUGUCAGCAGUGACCGGCUUUUCAUUGGCAUCCCCUCCACUGUGAAGUAUUGGUUUUUCUUUUUUAUUGAUUCAGAGGGGUUUUUAUAUAUCAUUGAAAACAAUAGGGAAUGUAAGCCAGUGUCCUUCUGAUCUAAAUCUGAGAAAAGGCUGCCCCAUCCAGCCAUGGAGCUCUGUCCCGGCUGUCUCAUUCCCCUGGACACUUCUGCCCGCCCCUGAGCUGGCCACAGUGCCCUGAUUCCAGAGCUUCUGCAAACCCAGCCUCUGCCAGGACAGGCCCUUCCUCCUGCUCCAGGGGUCCCUUGGGUUCUUGCUCUUUACUCUCCUGUGUGGUCUCCAGAUUCAGCUCCUGAGUGCCAGGAAACACUGGAGUCUCGAUUAGAGGCACAGUAAGUCUGCAGAGCAGCUGGGACAUUUGGGCUCCAGGCCAGGCCUACAUGGUAUCUCGUUUCACAGGUCUUCGACUUCUCAGCACCCCACACCAAGGGGCAGGAGGGCACGGCCAUGAGAAGAAAAUGGUUUCUUCACUCAUACGUCUUCUGACAUGAAGUGCCAGGAGUCUGUGCAGACCCCACAGGUUAAGGGUUCAGUCCACAGCACUGCCCCCACUUUGGAGCAGGGUAUACACGCCUCUGUCCACCUCUACCACAGAUCAGGGGACUGCGGGGGGUUGGGGCUCUGGACAGAAGUGGGGGUGAAGACCAAACCUGUAGCUCUUACAGCACACAGUCACGUUCUGCACAGCCAGCCUCCACCCCGUGCUCCAGGCACUUGGAGCUCAGACCCCCCUCCCAGGCAGGUUUGUAGCAAUGUCGGAAGUUGUGACUGCUUCCAUGUUCACGGCUCUCUUCCAGGGCCUGCUGUAUCCUCUUUAGCGUCCCCAGGUCAGCCUGCGCAGAACCAAGGGGACCCCCGCUCCCGUGAGGGCUGCCUUCACCCCUGUGCCCCACAUCAACUGUGACCCCACUUGAUGCCCAGUAGUGCCUUGCUCUGUCCUGUCACAGCACCUGGACGCUCCUCGAUGCAGGAAGAUGUUUCCUUUAUCCCUGUGGACCGAAGGCUCCUGAAACCCUUGUAAUUUCUUGGGUGAUAGGCAUGUCUUUUGUUCUGAGGCAACUCUUAGGGGCUCCUGGGGGGCCCCGGGCCCCCAGAAAGACCUGCCAUGAUUGGAAGCUUGUUAACUUUUAGCCCCUUCCUCCCAUCCCAUUCUCCAGAGAGGGAGAAGGGCUGGAAAUGCAGUUAGUCUAUCUCACGGGCAUGCCUACGAGAGGAAGCCCCCAUAAAUCCCAGUAGCGCAGGGUCCCAAGAGCCUCCAAGUGAGUAAACACAUCCACACUGAAAGGGUGACACACCCCAACUCCACGUGGUGGAGGCUCCUGUGCAGGGGACCCUCCCAGACCUGCCCCACUCCUUAUCACAUCCUUCAACUGGCAAAUGUGUUUCCUGAGUUCUGUGAACAGCUCUAACAAAGUAAUCGAACCUGAAGAGGGGGUCAUGGGAACCUCUGCUCCCUGACCCAGCAGGUCAGGAGCAGGGACAAGUGCACUCGCAGCUGGCGAGGGAGGUGGGGGGCGGUCUUGUGGGACUUCAUCCUCAUGCAGGUGGACAGUGUCAGAACCGAGUUGGAUGGCAGGACAUCCUGGUGAUGCCGGAGAGGACUGGUAACUAGGAGUGACAGAAGUGCCUGUUCUAUGUGUGAGUAAAGGACAUUGACGAGGAAGGACUGGGUUUUCCUCACUCGAGUCACAGACAAAACUGAGUUUUUCCAAUUUAUCAGGCCAUCCAAAGACAUCCAACUUCUGUUAAACUUCCUCCCUGUAUUUAAUUAAUAAUUGUGUUGAGAAAUAAAACCCAAUUGUGUUGAGAAAAGCCA